AUGAAUUUUAUACCCUGGGAAAAAGAAUGGCCCUUUGAAAGUAAAUUUUGUCUGUUCGUGGGGGAAACUGAAAUUUUAAAAAAUUGUAACAAAUUUAAGAGAGAAAAUAUAAGAAUUGUACAUAAACAAACUCCCAAACCAAGAUAUGAGUCCAGUAUUCUUAAAAAACAUUUAAAUUUGGCAAAACAAGAUAAACAAAACAACUGUUAUAUUAAACGAAAUAAGUUAUAUGUAAAUGAAAAUAUUUAUUCUGUUGAAGACUUGUUAGGCGUGGAAGAACUAACGAACAACCUAAACAAAAAACCGAACAGUGCUCCAUCGACUCCAACUGCUGUGGACCCAAUACUUCCCGAAAAUAGAAACGUCUCUUUUGGUACUUCUCAAGAUCCAAACAUUGCGAUUAUUGUCAAAAAUCCACCCAGUACACCUAACAUUAAUAAAAUUGAAAGUGGAAUUCAUGUUAAGAAAUCACAAACCAGAAACAUCAAUUGGAUGCAUAGAAACUGCGAACCAAUUUUCAGAAAAAUAUCUACAGGUGUAUUAAAUAUAUCGAAAAAAAUAAGUUUUUUUCUUAUAACUUUACCACUCUGUAGUUCAAAAUCUAAGAGGUGUAGGACGUAUGUUUAUAGGAACUUUUUUGCUUCAUUUCGUCUAAGGGACACGCCUCUGAAUUUUUUCACAAUAUUAAAAAAACACCCUGUAUAUCACCCCCCUAAUUCUUCUGUUAGUAGUUGCCUUGAUGAAUUGGAGGAUAGCGUCGCCAACGUGUUACCAUCUUGUGACUUUCAUUGUCUCAGGGGGUAAUAAUAUAGAUUUUAUGACGCCUAGUAGAGGUUGUGAUCUAUGUAUACAUUUUUUAAAUUCCUAUGGACUAACACAAAUUGUUAAUGAACCAACUCAUAUAACCCGGCACAGCAAAACUCUCAUAUACAUUAUAUUUGUGUCAGAUGUCCAUCAAACAACAUGUGUUGAGGUACUAGAUGUCAGAAGCCGUGGCUUGUCAUAUCAUCAAGCUGUUCUUUGCAACAUAGAGUCAAUCGCUUUAGAAAAAAAAAGUAUAUAACCUAUCGUGACUUUUCACGAUUUGAUAUUAAUCUUUUAAUAAUUUACCCAUUAAAUUACGUUGAAGAUAUGAUUUUCCAUCUGAAUAAUUCCUUGAUCCAUCUUUUCUCUGUACAUGCUCCUUUAGUAAGAAAAAGAGUCACGAAACCGCAUACCCCUUGGCUUACUUAUAUAAAAAUAAUGAUUUCGUUAAGAGAAAACUUUAAAAAAAUAUAAAAAAGAUAAGACUAGCUAUACCGAACUAAGGAAUUUUACUACUGGAACAAUUCGACGAGAAAAAAAGGCUUAAUUAAACUUUGUUCUUAGAGAAAAGAAUUCCAAGACCACCAGGAACACUCUAAGAUUCUUAGAAAUUCUUAGAAAAAAAGCCAGUCCUAUUAUACCACUUAAAUAAUGUUACUGAAAUUAACAAACAUUUUAAUUCAUCUACUACUGCUCUGAAGUCAAUGACCAAUCAGUCUUACUUGAUCGGUAAUAUGAUCUUUCUCUUCUGAUUCAGUUUAAAAAUCUCUAAAUCGUAUAAAAAGUCAUGCCGUUGGUUUAGAUAACAUAUCACUGCGCAUGAUAGUUAUUUUUAUUAAAAUAAUUUCUUCGUGUCGUGGAAACAGGCUUUUAUUAUUCCGCUUGCUAAAUGUACCAACCAAAAUCGUUUGAAUUUAUACUUAAAAAUCAA